UCUUCUUCAAGAAACCAGAGAGGGAGAUUCACCACGUCAAUCUAGUCUCUCUCUCUCUCUCUCUCUCUCUCUCUCAAUCUCAAUCGAUUCUUCUCAUCGCCGGUAGUUUCCGUAUCAGAUUUUUUUUUGCUUUUUGGGCUUUGGAUAUUCAUAGAUUUUACAUUUGUUAUCUGGGUAAUUUGGGGUUUACAGAUUCCUAGGGAUAUUAGGUUAUGCUUAGCUUCGCUUGGAGGGGAUACUAACGAUGGUUUUAUUAUUCGGAGGUAUUGAAUAAGUGCUUGGCUAAUUUUGUGUUCAAUUCGAGGAGAAGUCAAAGGGUUUAGUGGCUACAAGGAAAACUUGUCAAUCUAGAGUUGAGGGUUUGAGAUUUCCUCAGUGGUUAGACAUGGUGGAAUCAAUUGCUGCAACAUCUCUGUUAGGGCAUGGACCGUUAGGCAGAAGUAUUUCUGUCAAGGAUAUGUCCGGGAGACAGAAAUCUUCAAAGCAUUAUCAGUUCCUGUUAACUCAGUUUGGCCAUAGAAGGAUUGUUUCCUCUCCUUUGCGAAGAUUGAAAGUCAAUAGGUUACCAAAUUCACCAACUAAGGCUCUUGCUAUGGAGCUGACAAAGGAGGUGCGUGCAUUCAAAGAGGAGGAUAAAAGUCCUCGGAGUUGGGAUUACAGAUACGACACCGGUGUUGAUAGAAAACCUGGGUUGUGGCCACCAGCAAAUAAAGCUGAUAACCCUAAGUUGCACAAUCCUUUACUUCGACAAGAAAGGAUGGGCUGUGGUUGGUUAGGUGCUAUUUUUGAGUGGGAAGGAGUUCUAAUUGAGGAUAAUCCUGAUCUUGAGAGGCAAGCCUGGUUGGUUUUGGCUCAAGAAGAAGGAAAAUCUCCUCCGCCAGGUUUUAUCCUUAGAAGAAUUGAAGGGAUGAAAAAUGAGCAAGCAAUUUCUGAAGUAUUAUGCUGGUCGAGGGACCCAGCAGAGUUGAAGAGAAUGGCUUCCAGGAAGGAAGAUAUUUAUCAGGCUUUGCAGGGUGGCAUGUAUCGGCUACGAAUUGGAUCUCGAGAGUUUGUGAAUGUUUUGAUGCAUUACAAGAUACCUAUGGCAUUGGUUUCCACCCGGCCACGGAAACCCCUUGAGACUGCAAUCAGAUCAAUUGAAAUCGAGGGAAACUUUAGUGUGAUUGUGGCAGCAGAGGAUGUUCAUAGGGGGAAACCUGACCCAGAGAUGUUUGUGUAUGCAGCACAGCUUCUAGAGGUUAUACCUGAGCGUUGCAUCGUGUUCGGGAAUUCCAACCAGACAGUGGAGGCAGCCCAUGAUGCACGAAUGAAGUGUGUGGCUGUUGCUAGUAAGCAUCCCAUGUACGAGCUUGGGGCUGCUGAUUUGGUGGUGAGGUCCUUAGAUGAGCUUUCAGUUGUGGAUCUGAAGAAUCUUGCUGACAUUGAAUCGGCUGAAUUUGGGUCAGAAGAGCCAGAAAUGGAGCUCCAGGAGGAAGAUGAUGUCGAGCCCACUGCACUGGCAGUUGAUGAUACUUUCUGGUAAUCUCCGUCAGCUGUACAGUUUUAUUUGCGCUUAUCACGAUUCUUAAAAUGGCAAUAGUCCCCAUAUUAGCCUUGCUGUGUAUAAGAAAAAAAGGGGAGAAAAAGAUAGUGAAAAAGGUAGUCUAGCAUUGGACUCCCAUGCUGUCAUCAUGUAUAAGUAUUUAACCUGUAUAAUAUUCACUUCUGGAACUUCUAAGACUCAAGUUUAGAUUGAUAGACUCAUUUUAAACAAAAUUAAUGGUAAGUGGCUUGACAUGCAACUGAUUUGUC